AUUCUCUUUUAUAUUUAGGAAAUAGAAAGCUUGCAUAAUAUCAAUUUGUGUAGGUUACGUCUAUGUGAUAAAUGGUACCACUGUAUGGUGGUGUGGUGAUUGUUCCUUUCACCUUCGUUCGUCGUUGACCAAUACACGUUAUGGAAAUUUAAAUAUUUACUUUAUUCAACCAAUAGCUGCUAGUCUCAUUCAAGUUCAACAAAAGUGGACAUUAUAUUUUGCCACGUACUUUUGAGUUUCAUACCGAAACGAGAGGCUUAAACACUUCUCGUGGUUGAAGUUAGUUAUUUGAAUUAUGUUAAUCAAGGUAGAUUAAUAAAAACUUUUAACAGGCGAUAAAAAUUAUUCACAAUGGGUAUGCAAACGCAUAUCAAUGAGGAUCGGAACAUGUCCGAAUAUCUUUACAAUCCAGAUAUACUGCAGAAGUUGGAUUUCAGUAAGAGUCCAGCUGUUUUCAAACCAAAAAUCAGUGCUGCAAACCCCGGUGCAGAAUGGAUGGUAGUGAGACCAUUACAGCGAGCAGAUUUUGAUAAAGGCUUCCUACAUUUGCUCAGCCAACUGACAAGCACUGGAAACAUCACAAGAAAACAGUUUGAUGAACGGUUCACACAAAUGAAGAUGUCUGGUGGUCACUACGUUACGGUGAUUGAGGACACGCGUUCGUCAAAAAUCAUAGGAGCUGCCACUCUGACGGUGGAACAGAAAUUUAUACAUAACUGUUCACUUCGCGGACGCUUAGAAGAUGUUGUAGUAAAUGACACAUAUAGAGGCCAACAAUUAGGCAAAUUAAUAGUAGUGACAGUAUCACUGCUGGCCCAGCAGUUGGGCUGUUACAAAAUGUCACUUGACUGCAAGGACAAGCUGAUCAAGUUCUAUGAGACACUCGGGUACAAGCUCGAACCUGGCAACUCUAAUGCUAUGAACAUGAGAUUCGAGGAUCCCUCCUGACAAUUAGCCGCUGGGGCGUCCGACCUGCGCUCUAAACUGUAAGUUACAACACAGCUGAGCAGCUCGCAACAACGUUAUACUCUGUUCCCACUGACGAAACAUUCUCAUAAAACCAUGGUGACAAAAAUACCCAGUGUCUGACGUCACAUUACGUUUGUCACUAAAUUUUCACACUUUCGCUUUUUCUCGUUUCACUCGAUGUAUUUUAUAUGUUUAGAUGAUACAUCUGUGGGCUGGUAAAAUUUUCGUAUACAACAGCUUUGAAAUACAAGAUUACGUUCCGUUUUAUGCUUUACUUGACAUAAAGUUAUGUAUAAUUUUUGGUAUGUGCAAGUUAUGAUAAAAAAAAUAUUUCUAAGUUGUUGAAUUAAUUUAUAGAAAGAAUUGCUUUAUUUAAUAGUUGAUUGUUUAGUUAAUUAAAAUAAAUUCCAAAAGCAUUGCUUCAUUUCCUAUUUUGACGUUUGUUGCGUUUCCUGCUUAGUUGUGAAUGUAAUUACAGUCGCGGGGUCAAUUUUUCUAUCCAUCAAUACAAAUGUUGGCCAAUAUUGGACAAAAUAUAACAGAAAUAACUCUUUGGUAAAGAUAUUAUUCGGCGAACACAUUUAUUGAUGGGGUGUUAAAUUGAUUUUGGAUGCCUUAGCACAUAAGAGAUGCUUUUUUUCGCUUAAGCUACAACACUAAUGAGUGAUGUAACCAGAAUGUUGCCACAUUAAAAAUAUUGAUUGUUAUCAUUGCUUGUCAUUUAAUUUUGUUGCCAUUAUUAUGUAAAGCAUUUUAGUUGUAGUCUUCAUGUAUAAUACCAGUA